AUGAAGCAGGUGGCAUCCAUAGUAGCAGAAGAUCUUGAUAUGUUGAGAAGAUUAGCAAGAGAUCAUUAUUGGUCCAUUUUCAAACAAAGAGCGUUUGUCGGUGAGGAGGUUCCAAAGGCGGAGGAAAUACUGAGUGUGGAGACCAAGAUUGUUGAAAUGUGUCAAGGUGAAGAUGAUAAAUGGGAAAAUAGCAUAAAGAAAAUCCUAAAACUCAGCUAUGAUUAUCUACCAUCUCCACAUCUGAAGAAAUGUUUUGCUUACUUUGCUAUGUUUCCAAAAGAUUUUGAGUUUGAGAAGGACCAACUAAUCCAACUCUGGAUGGCAGAAGGGUUUCUUCGUCCAUGUCAAGAGACCCCCCUGAUGAAAGACGUCAGGAACAAGUUUUUCCAACUCUUGUUGCAAUAUUCCUUGCUGCAAGAUGUUAAGCUAGAUGAGUUCAACAAUAUAACACAUUGUAAGACGCAUGAUCUUGUGCAUGAUUUGGCUGGAGAUAUUUUAAUGUCUAAACUAUUUGAUCAAAAGAGUAUUAGAGGAGAAAAUCUUUCUCAAGUCCGAUACUUUGGAUGGAACUCACCAAGUGAUCAAAUGGAUAUGAUAAAUGAGCCAGGACGCAUCAAGGAGUUAUCAGCCAAAAUCGGCAAGCUGAUAUACUUGAGGUAUCUUGAUCUCUCCGACACGCAGAUCAAAGCCUUGCCCAACUCCAUUUGCAAGCUCUACAAUUUGCAAACAUUUAGAGUCAAUGACUGUUCUUCACUCAGGAUGCUUCUAGAAGAAAUGGCAAAUAUGAUAAGUUUGAGACACAUAUAUUGCAACUAUUAUUACAUAUUCGAUAUGCAGAUAUCACUUAAUAUGGGACAAUUGACUUGUGUUCAAACCCUAGAGUUUUUCAAGGUGGGUUCAGAGAAGGGUCGUCGAAUAGAAAAAUUAGGUCAUCUGAAAAACCUUAGAGGUGAAUUGACGAUCAGAGGUCUGCAAUCAGUCAGAACUAAAGAAGAGGCUCGAACAACAUAUUUACAGGAGAAACCAAAUAUCUACAAGCUGACAUAUUUGUGGUCCCAUAAUGAAUCAGAAGGCUGUGAGAUCAAUGAUGAACAUGUGUUGGAUGGUCUUCAAUCGCAUCCUAACUUGAAAACUUUAGUAGUGGAGAACUAUUUGGGGACUAUAUUUCCUUCAUGGUUCAAUAAAGAAUUGCUACCGAAUUUGGUCAUGUUGAAAUUAAGUGGUUGCAAAAAGUGCAAAGAAAUUCCAUCGCUUGGCCAACUGAAGUUCCUUCGGCAUCUUGAGUUGAUAGGAUUCCUUGAAUUGGAAUGCAUCGGACCUGUCGUGCCGUAA